AUGCCAGCAUUCUGGAAAAAGCUAUGCUCUUGGCUCGGGGAUAGGCAAUCCACCAAUCCAGAUGUCUCAGAAACCAAAGAUCCCCAGGUCGACUUGGUCGAAUCGCAAUCCACAGACUACGAUGCAGUCGCAUUCUCCAAAAUUAGAGCCACGGAGUCCAUGCGCACAUGGAGGGGGAAGUAUUUCGUAUAUGCCGGACUCGGCCUGAUCAUGACCAUCUUCGAACUCGACAACGCAACAGUAGGCACAUACCGCAACUACGCAACCUCAGCCUUCAACCAACUCUCCGUUCUCGCCUCCCUAAACACCGCAACCAGUAUCAUCGGCGCAGUCUUCAAACCACCCAUCGCCAAAUUGUCAGACGUCCUAGGCCGCGCAGAAGCAUACCUCUUCACCGUCUGCUGCUAUGUCGUGUCGUACAUCCUCUGCGCAGCCUCCAAGGACUUUAGCACGUAUGCUGGAGGCGUUAUCCUCUACGCCGUCGGACAGUCAGGUAUAACCGUCCUUAACGCAGUACUAAUCUCAGAUCUGUCCUCGAUGAGAUGGCGAGGCUUCGCCUACAACAUCCUCUACCUCCCCUUCCUCGUCAUACCAUGGGUAUCCGCGUUCAUAGUCGACAGCGUCGUCAACGGUAUCGGCUGGCGCUGGGGAAUCGGCAUGUUCGCCAUUCUCAUGCCCUUCUGCGCUAGCCUCAUCAUAAUCACACUCGCGGUGUUCCAAUCUCGCGCAAAGCAAACAGGCCUCAUCCUCAAGGACCGUCUCACCCUGUACCAAUUCUGCUCCCGCAUUGAUCUUGGCGGCACACUCCUCCUCAGCGGCGGCUUCGCCCUCCUGCUUAUCCCGAUCACCAUCGCAUCUACUACAACAAGUCGCUGGAAAACACCCUGGGUAGACGCCCUUAUCGCCCUAGGCGUAGUUUGCCUUAUAGCUCUGUAUCCGUACGAACGCUACAUCACAAAACACCCCGUCGUACCCGUGCGGUACUUCCGCGUCCUCGCCAUUAUAACAUCCGUCUGCCUAACAUGUAUCGAUAAUGUCGGCUUCGGGGUUACCCACACAUACCUAUACGCCUGGUCAACAGUGUCAAGGGGCUUCUCUGCGCGCGACGCCCAGUUCCUAACCUACACGAAUGGCGUCAUGCAAGCGCUCACUGGCAUGAUAAUCGGGCUUGUCAUUUACCGUUUCUGCACGUAUAAAUGGAUCCUCGUCGCCGGCGCUAUAAUCCGGCUAAUAGGCUACGGGGUGAUGAUCCGGCUGCGCACGAACAACAGUUCCGUUGUGGAGCUCUUCAUCGUACAACUCGUGCAGGGAUUGGGGAGCGGAAUCAUUGAAACAAUUGUUAUUGUUGCUUCGCAGAUUGUUGUCCCGCAUAAGAAGCUUGCGCAGGUUACGUCGUUGCUUAUGUUGAGUGCGUUUUUGGGGAAUGGGAUUGGGUCUGCUAUUGCUGGGGGGAUUUAUACGGAUACGUUAAAGAACCGGCUACGAGAGCGACUUGGGUCGGGAGUUAGCGAUGACAAACUGGAUGAAUUGUAUAAUUCGAUUACGGGGGUUUUACCAGCGUGGGGAUCGUCGGAAAGAGGAGCUGUGAAUGGGGCUUAUUCGGAUGUUAUGGGGUAG